AUGUUUAGUCAUGCAAGGCCAAAACUUCCCAACAGUAGCAACAGUAGCAGUAGUAGUUGCAAUCCGCCAACUACAUCGCUUUCAUCACGAUUUCCUAAACCAACUCAAGUGACAAAGCCAUCGUUGUCAUCAUCGUCGGUUGUAAAAACGCCAUCAUCAGUUCCGUCAACAACAACACCAGGAACGACAGGUGCUAUGGCUGAAGAAAUUAUUACAUCAUUUUUGCGCGAAAUCGCAAUGAAAAAGAGUAGCGAGGCACGAAAAUCAUCGUCGAAUAGUUGUGGUGGUAACGGUGAUAAAAAAACUAAUUUACGAAUUAAAAUGGAAUAUAGGGGCGAAAAAUCCUGUAUUGAGAUGGAACGCCCAGUUGCAUUUUCUCUUCUAAAAAAGCACUUGUGCUCAAAAUACAGUCGUCAACUUAAUAUUUAUUAUACUCUGAGUAACAAUGAACUAAUUGUUCCAAUACGAAAUCAGCAGGAGCUAGAUCGUGCCGUUGAGCUUCUUGACAAAUCAAGUUCACAGAGAAGCCUUAGGCUUCUGUUAUCUCAGCACCAGUCAGAUUCUGGUAUAUCAAACUGUUCAUCAAGUCUUGGCAGCCCAACUAACUCUCUUCAACCAGAUGCGUCUGGAACUUAUUCGGCUGUGCCACCAAGGAUUGUUGAGAUUUCACCUUCUGAAUGUCCAUCAUCAUGCCCAAGCUAUCGAAAAUAUAGUCCAAAAAGUGGAGGUGGUAGUAGUACUAGCAGUGGCAUCUUCAUACGGGACUAUGAGUUUGAUGAAAGGAGAGGCAUGUGUACUCCUCGAGCUCCGACCAAUUGGAAGCAGGGAAAGUGUAUCGGGUCUGGAGCUUUUGGCCAAGUCUUUCUUUGUUAUGACAUAGACACUGGACGGGAAGUUGCAUUGAAACGGCUAUACUUUGCUAAGAACGACACUCAUCUCCGCGAACAAAUCGUUCAGUUAGAAAAUGAAAUUAAUUUACUGAGCACAAUACAACAUUCUCGUAUUGUACAGUACCUUGGAGCUCAACGAACGGAGGACUCUUUAUCUAUAUUCAUGGAAUACAUGGCUGGUGGGUCGGUUAAAGAUCUCAUAUCUACUUAUGGAGCGUUAUCAAACCCAGUUGCUAGGAAAUAUACUUAUCAAGUUCUUCAAGGGUUAGAAUACUUACAUCGCAACGAAAUGAUCCAUCGAGAUAUUAAGACGGCGAACAUACUAAGGGAUUCUAACGGCAAUGUUAAAAUCGGCGAUUUUGGUUCUGCCAAACGGCUACAAAAGAUUUGCAGCCAACAGAGUACAUCUAGUUCAUUUGUUGGUACUCCUCAGUAUAUGGCUCCAGAAGUUGUCACAGCGAAGUCAUCAUAUGGUCGAAAGGCUGACAUCUGGAGCUUAGGUUGUACACUUCUUGAAAUGUUGACCGGCAAUCCUCCAUGGGACGGAUUUGAACCCAUGACUGCAAUUUUUAAUAUUGCGCAACGUAAUCCUCCUUACCAGUUACCUCCGAAUACCGACCCGAGCCUAGCUAACUUGUUAUCUUCUCUUUUAGAGAGGAGCCCUGAAAAGAGGCCAAGCGCUGUCGACCUUAUAAAUAAUCACCAUGCCUUUAAAGUUUUCAAAGUGACUCAACAGUAA